CAGCCUUCCCUGUGUAUAAAUAGACGUGUCAAAACGCUAGGCACUUGAUCAUUGGCCUUGGCCUGACUGUGAUAACGUCACAUGCCGCUCAUUUUCUAACUGCUGUGAGCUGGAGGAAGUCAUAAGGUGCUGCCUGUGCUUCCCGGCCAAAUGCUACACAACUAAGAUUGAUGACCGCGCCAUGACAAGAGAGUGACCAGACCAACGACAACAGUUCCAGCCCUGCUGCUUCCACUGCUUCAGCCCUAUCCAAGACAGCCCUCUUUACAUGCCUGUAAUACGAUAUUGAGCUGAUCAACCACGCCAAGCGCUCAUUGGCAUUCAGAGAAUACUGCACCAGAAUUUCUUUGGCCAAACGUCACCUUUGCCAAGCUGCAAAUUCAAGUGCAAACAGCAUCACGUCUCUCCCUCCUGAACUUGGACCCUUGAAUGACUGACGGGAAAAUUGCUGGCUGUAGAGUCAAGUGAUAUUUGACUUUCCGGUGCGUGCUGGGGGCUGACGUGUCCACAGACCUGCAACCAAAGUAAGACUAUCUCCAGCCCGUAGUUUUCAGUGAAAUAUCCAUAUUUAUGCAGGCCGGUAGGGAAGUCCUGGAGCCCAAUAUAAUGGCCGUCAGAGAUAAUCGGUGGCUGACGUUAGAAGUCUGCCGCGAGUUUCAGAGGGGAACAUGCACCAGACCGGACACAGAAUGCCGCUUUGCGCACCCGGGCAAGCAGGUACAAGUUGACAACGGACGCGUCGUCGCCUGCUUCGACUCUUUAAAAGGACGUUGUACCAGAGAAAACUGCAAGUACUUGCACCCGCCACCCCACUUGAAAUCCCAGCUAGAAAUCAACGGACGCAACAACCUAAUAGCCCAAGCAAACGCAAAGAAUCAGAUCCUACAGCAAGUGCCAUUUCAACCUAUCCUGCCGGGGUCUCAACUGCAACCAAUGGAUCAGUACCUGAAACUCUGGGGAUAUCAGUGGAAUACCAAUUUGGAACAGGCCACCCCGCAGUUCAACAACAUUCAGGCUGCCGCAGCCUUUAAUCCGUACUUGAACCCGAUGGCACCUUCAUCGGUGGGGCUGGUGCCCACGGAGGUUCCGUUUCCAAGUGCCGUGCCGCUAGUGCCUGGGGCCAGUGCUCCUGCAGUGCUUCCAGCGAAGAUUGCUCGCACUGACAGACUGGAGGUCUGCCGUGAGUUUCAGCGUGGAAACUGCACAAGAGGAGAGAAUGACUGUAAAUAUGCCCACCCUACCGAGGGGGUAACAGUCGACACAUCCGACAACUGUGUCACAGUGUGCAUGGACUAUAUCAAGGGUCGCUGCACACGGGAGAAAUGCAAGUACUUCCACCCACCCCCCCACCUGCAGGCCAAGAUCAAGGCAGCUCAGCACCAGGCACAGCAGGCCGCAGCUGCCAUGAGCCCUCUUGGGACUUUAGACAUGACGCCUGACAAAGUUCAAAGCCUGAAGCGUCUCCGAGACCCCUCGGACGACUUACUGGGAUUCCCACCUGGCAUGGUUCCGUACGCCAAGCGUCCCACCCUGGACAAAAGCACACUGUACAACCCCCAACUUGCCGCGCAGUACCAGCAAGCCAUCGCCUCUAUGCAACUCCAGCAGGGCCAACAGCCCUUUGUCCCCACGGGUACUGCCUUCCCUCCCAUGAUGCUCCCUGCUCCCGCUGGUGCAGCCACUGCAGCUUCCAAUGUUCCUUACUUCAAUGCACAAAACCAGCCUACGGACCAGCUGCCCGUCUGCCGUGACUUCAAGGCCGGGAACUGCAAACGACCAAACUGCCGUUACGUGCACCUAGUGGAAGGUGAGGCCACACCCCAUGCAAUCUUCCCACCAUACUACUACCCACCAUCAUCAUCACAACAGCCCAUGGCCGGGAUGUGGGAUGGGACCGUUGCCAGCAUACCGCAGUUUUUGUAGACCAUGUUGAAGUGGUUGAUGGGAAGGUUACGGUCUGCCGGGAUGCUUUGAAGCUGAAGUGUGCCCGCCCGAUGUGCAAGUACUACCACCUGCCCGCCGGCCAAUCCCUGCCAACCGCCACCACCAUAGUCUGACACGCUGACCCACACACCGCACAGCUGCCAACAAUCCAACCAACGACACAGCCACCGUCUGCGCCGUUCUGACUCUCAGCAGCAAAUGCAGCGUCAAAUCGCGUUGCAUUCGCAGCUGGGCCUUUCCGUCCACCUUUGCGUCAUGAAUGUAGGCGAAGGCAAAAGUUUGUACGCCACAUUCGGCUACGCAAACGUGGGGAAUUGGAUUCCUGGCAGCUCUGUCGUGACAUCAUAAAAUAGCAUUGUUACUACGACUACUGGAUAGAAUCUCAAAUCCCUCUCCACUUGACAGAUACUUCUAGAAUAUGUAUGUUGCUCUCUCUCCCCCCUUUAGGUGCUAACAAAUGUUUCCCAGAUGGCAGCAGUCGAAACCAAAGCCAUUUAAUUUUUAUUAUUAAUGUGUAAAUUGUGGACAUAAUUUUCCUAUGAACUUUUUCAUAAUGAUUGAUAACAGUGUUCCUAUAUUUGUCCUAAUAUUGUGCAAAGCACGAACGUACGUACGCAAAGAAAUGGUCAUUUUUUAGAGACUGCUCGAGGGCAGAGUGAUCCAGCUGAAACAAAAAUGCUUGUGAAGCAUUGUGUUGUUGCACCACUGAUCCAAUGGGCCGAAGGCCAUGUGGAGGGUGUUUUGGGGGGCUCCUCAAUCACAGAUUGAUCGUGGCAAAGGUCCGUCAUGACGGGCGGACAGAAAGAAGGACAAAGUCUGAAGCCAUAGGCACACUGCGAACUGCAGGACAGGUCACAGCAGAAAUGAUAGGAAAAUUCCAUGUGACUCGGAACCCCCCAAAUCACCUGCCUGUAGUGACUAUUUCCUGGCGCUUGAGGCAUGCCUAGCAUGUAAAUUAAUAAGAACGAGUUGUAAAGAAGAACCCUGUGGGGAACACGCGCUUGUAAAAUAGCUGAGGGAAAAGCUCCGAGCCGGUGCUACCUUUAACCGUCAUCAGGUGCUGCUAGGGAAGGACUUGGCAUGGUGAAGACUGUGGAGGGAAAAGGGUUAAACGAGAAGGAUUAGCAUAAGGAAUGGGCUGCCAAACAUAAUAACGUACAAACCAUUAUUCUUGACAAAGUGACAAAAAAAACUUUCCACUGAUGCACUUAAUGUGAGAAAACAAUCAGAAUUCCCGUUUAUGUAAAUUUGUAGCCAUGUUUCACACCGUCCCCACAAUGUCUCACCAACUCCUCUGUAUCCAACGCCCGACGCAUCUGAACGUGUGAACUAAGCACCGAGAUGAAAAAGUGAUGUGGGUGGUGCCAUUCUGGAAUCAAGAACGGCAACUUCAUGACUUUAGUUCUGACCUUGGAUACACGAUGAUUGGAUGGGGGUAAAGAGGAUGGUUUGUGCAGUUUUGAGGGAACAUUGAUUUUUAGUGCAAAUUGUGCUUCCAAUGUGAGCACGGGGCUGCCAUCUUGGAAACUGGUGACCUUGAUGAUCUAGGACUGGUUGAUAGAGAAUGUAGGAAUAGUAAGAUUAGACUUGUAGUGCAGAAUUUCCCAAUCAAUGUAUCUAUGAAAGCAAAAAAUUUAAUUGAAUCAAAAUUGAAUUUCCCUUGAAUUGUUUCUAUGGAGCUAGAAUUUUUAUAAAGAUGGAUUGAAUGAAUGACUUUCAUCAUGUAAUGUACUCGAAAUGUGAAUUCACUACCAAAUAUGGAAGUGCACUAAUUUUGAAUGCAUCUAGCUGUUGGAGAGGUGGUAGAAUUAUGUGUACUUUUAAUGUAGACAAAAAAAUCUGAAGUUCUCUUAUUGUAUGAAUAGUAGAGAGUAUUGUGACUACAGUUUGAACUAUGUAAUGUCACCAAUGCUAAUCCUGUGUAUAACAUUGUAGGGGUAGUGCUAGAAUUUUAAAUUAGGAAUUUAGCAAAGUGGGAAUGGAAUCUAGAAAUUGUAAAUUCUAAAAUGUAGAGCUACAAUUCUUGAAACAACUUUCUAUAUCUUUCACAUAUCAGGUUUGUUGUUCAUUUGUUCUUAGUUAAGAUUCAACAUUAUUUUACUACCUAAAGUUAAUUUCUAUUUUAAGGAUGACAAAAUUAUCGUCAAUUGUAAUGAAUGUCAUCUUGUAGUUAUUUUCCAUCCAAUUGAAAAAAAAAUCAAAAAUGAAAAAUUUUAGAAAAUACAAUCCUAUAAUUACAAUGAUAGAAGUCAUUGUUACUAUAAAUAAAUGGUUACAAAAUGCCUUGUGGCUUAGUGAAUAGAAAUUACUAGGAAUUCUUUCACAUAAGGAUUUCCUCCGAAGCAGAACAUGCUUGCGACGGCCAACGUUAAGUCCAGGCUGGUAUACAUUGCUAUUCUUGCUGGAAAGCAUGUAUUCUGAUCCAUGUUACAGUGUAUACUGAACUGACAGAUCCAGUACUGUUCCCAGUACUGUUUCCACUCAGUACUGUAUUCAGUACUGCCUCUGUACCUACUUAGCUGCUGUAAGGUCAGGCUUCUUAUGUUUGGCCUCUAGGCAGAUUUACUCUCCAGCUUCCCAUCAAUUCAGAUGGCAACAGUGAAACUUAAAAGACGUAACCUUCAAACCUGAUAAAUCCUGCAGAAGUUUUUCAGAGAACUGAAAACUGAACAGAUGUAGUGGGGAUGGAAAUCAUCUAGGUACUUGCUUCCUUCCCCAAAUUGACAACAUUCAAACUACAACACAAAACUUCACUACAAUUUACAAAUUAUAAUGUCUUUGGUGACAGUCGAGAUAUAAUCUAAUUACAGUACACAAAUGUUUCAAUGUCUGACAAUAUUACAGACACUAGAUGAGAAAUGGAGUGGUGGGAAUCUGGUAAAUAUUAGCUUUACAUACAUAAGUACAUGCACGAUGAGUUAAUGUAUAAGAAACACUUGAGACAGCUUUGCUCUGUUUAAUUAGUAUAGAUGUGUAGCAAACUACAUUGUAUUACUAUUAGUUAAAACUCUGGAGAAAUGACCACCGAACAGUCGAAUGACAAACAGAGCCGUGAAGCAUUAUGUACCAUUAGCCAGCCAUCCAAUCACGGUACCUGUAACAUCUAAGCAGUUUCUCUGCACACAUUGUGUGUUGUCAUUGGCUGCCAAUAGACAAACAGAAGAGGUUGUUACAAAUGAGUUGCAAAAGGGCAUUUCUGCACAGUGCGGAGUGUUCCUUCAAUCAUGGAAAUGAGGCUCGUGCAAUUAGUGUGGAAAGGACACCGAUCCAUUUCGGUGAGAUCAGAGCUAACGUUUUAGUCUUCUUUUUUCCUAGAUCCAGUAUUUUUAGUUUUAUUUUUCUAAAAUUGUAAUCGCAGCCAGAGAAGAUCUCAGUAUGAGACAACAUCCUUCCAUACUACACUAACGUGCAGAGUUGCAUACUUGUGUUCCAUUGUUGCGAGGCUUAGUCGGUAGUGUUGUAUGAUGAUGAUAUAAAAAAACAGUGGAUGUACACUGAACUAUGGCUUACUAGAAACGUUUAACGUUCACUUUCCAACAUAUGCUAGUCUUGGCUUGAUUUAUAUGUGUUUUGUCCAAUAAUUUGUGUGUUUUCUCUUUCAUACUCUGGUUAUGAUGGCCUCCACAGCCAGCUGCUUAGUAAAGCAAAGUAUCAGAGUAUAAUCUCAA